AUGCGUUUUAUGGGUGAACCGAAGACAUGGUACGGUGUUUCGCGCUUCCACGCGGAAGACUUCGAACGAGCAAUGCGAAAACACGCGCCGGAAUUGUUUGAUCAGUCACCGGACUUAUUGCAUCAUAUCACGACCAAUAUGAAUCCAAAUAUACUACAGGCUGAGGGCGUCCCUAUCUAUCGAACCGAUCAGUAUUGUGGCGAGUUUGUAGUUACGUUUCCCCGUGCCUAUCAUGCUGGUUUCAAUCAAGGCUUCAAUUUUGCCGAGGCUGUGAAUAUUUGCCUUCCUGAUUGGCUUUCUAUUGGUCGGGAAUGUGUCGAGCACUAUGCGGAAAUCAAGCGCCAUUGUGUUUUCUCCAACGAUGAGUUGCUGUGCACUUUGGCCGAGGUAGCCGUUGGCCGAUGUCGCCCAGAAGAUGUGCUACAGCUAACUAAUCCGUACACUCCACCCAAACAACGAAAUUCGAUGACCAGACGUGGUUUACAUGACUCAAAGCCACGACUUCCUCCUGGUUGUUCCACCGCAGGACUGGAUAUCAGUGCGAUUGCAGCCGUACAUCAAGAGUUCACGGUUGUGCUAAACAACGAACGUCUUAUGAGGAACUCCGUCCAUGAAACUGGUGUCAAACAGAUCGAGAAAGUCCGGUUUGACGAUUUGUCAGAUGACACUCGCGUUUGUGAUGCCUGUCUAACCACCCUUUUCCUGUCCGCUGUGAGUUGUCCUUGUCUUGAUGAAGCCAACAAAGAGGAAUCAACCCGCUUGAAGCGUAAACUCAAUGAGCCAAAACCACCUGAGUGUGACAGUUCCUUUGACGAAAAAAACCGACCUAAAAGUCAUAUGGUGUGUCUGAGACAUGUAGAACAGUUGUGCACCUCUUGUGCCAUCUCAUCUUUCACACUCAAAUACCAUUAUACACUGGAGGAGCUGCGGGAAUUGGAAGAUGCGUUAGCCUGUCGUUUGAAGGAUUUCUACGCUUGGCGUGAUCGCCUCUCGUCGUUCCUAAAACCGACCGAUACGGCUGAUAUGAAGUCCAGACAGGAACGUGAUCUCUCCACAACGACCCCAUGUGUGGUGACAAAGAAAGAACCUGCGGAUAGUACUGCAAAAGCUUCCGAUUCAUCUGCUACAUCGAUCACUUUGGAGGACCUCGUGGGCAUACUGCGCGAAGGUCGUGAAUCCGGUUAUCAUACGGAUGACAUCUUCUCCGAAGCUGAAUCACUUGUGGAACGAGGCAACCACUUAAUUGGGAUAUGCUCUUCCGUGCUACCUUGGAUCUCCACCGAACCUGAUUCGAUCGUGCUACACCAGUCGACGAAUCAGCUUGUCCGUUUCCAAUAUCGUCUCCCAGCUGCGUUCAAUUUAACUUCCGGAAGUCAUGCUAACAACAAUUCGGCCACAGGAGACGGAGUAAAAGCAAAUCCAAGUGUCAGUUUCGUCACUCUUCAACACGAGAUGGAUCUGCAUAACCCUCGCGAACUGGACUUGACGCGACUACUGGAAUCAUGCAAGCAACUGCAUCCGAUCAAUCUACUUCAGGAACCGUGCGUAAAAGGUCUCAAACACUUCCUGGAUCGUCUUGUCGAAUGGCGUCAGACAACCGGGGAGACCGCCAGUGAUAUUUGCCGUCUAAUAUUGACCACAUCAACCCGUAGCUUAACCAUGGCUAGUGCGGGAGGCAAACGGUCAGAAAUUGAACCGGAUGGAGGCAAAAUAGACAAAGAAGAACGGGCAUUUAUCCUCGUCUCCCGUGUGCUUCGGCAAGCGCUAAAAUGGUUAUGCAUUUUUCAACGCCGUCAGGACAGUGAUCGUCUGGUUCACUCGUGGACUGUUCCUCGUUUGCGGUACCACGUGACGUACGGUGAAACGUUGCUUUCGCAGCUCACUCAAAUUUUCAAUUCUUCAACCACUAAAGUGUUGUCAAAUGCUGCAACCGCUCCUUCCUCCUCCUGUUCAUCCUCUUUCUCUUGUCACGAACAGUCACCACGUGUAUCGAAUGCAGUCAGUUGUGCAGCAGUUGUUCACUCUGCCAUAGACAAUGCUGUCGCUCCGGUCACACGUCUACUACGUGCCCGAAUGCACAGUGCACUGGGCCAAUUAUCGCAACUUGUGGUUCAGAUCGACUCAUUAGUUGGCAUUAUGACUGAGUCGUUUACAGUCGAUGGACCCGUAUCUUAUGCAGAAUUGAAUGUAGUUUUGGACCAGUUGCGCGAUCUCAAAGUCAGACAUCUGAUCCAGUGGUCCAUUCCUGAGCCCCAAAUGAUGCUAUCUGACUCACACGUGACGGAUGAAAACUCCGACAACUUAAGUGUCUUAUCUGACUUCGAACAAGAUUCAUUUGCCACGGAUGGAACGACGUCUCCAGUUCUUUCCGAUGGUGUGCUACAGCUUCGUGACCUGCUUGCUCACCGUAUGGAAUCAUUUCUCACCGCCAGUGAGUCCCACGUGCCCGUGUUCGAACGACCUCAGCUGACAGAAGGGCCCAGUUACUAUAACAGAAGUCCAUGUUUUCAUUUACAGGCCGAGACUUUGUUAGAACUAGGUCGUUUACUCAGCGACCCAGCGCCACAGACGGCUAAUACGGAUAACCAAACCACAAUGAACGAAAUGGACAUGUUCAACCAAAAAUUGGCUACCAUCGAACAGUUAAUAUGUGAUACACGAAAAGCCUGUGACAGUUUGUUAGCCGCUUUUGGCUUUUCGGACGCCGCAGUCGUUCUUCAGGUUUAUUUCAACGUUGAAGGAAGCACUCUGCGUUUGUUGAUUCACUUUUGA